AUGUUCAGGAAUACUUAUCAGAAAGGGAGACUUUCUAUUUUAUAUAGCUGUGGUUCGAAUCCUUUAUCCAUUUGGAAAUCAAGUGUUAAAAAUGGUCACAUUAAACGUGUAACUGAUAAAGAUAUUAAUUCACUUGUUUUGGAAAUAGUGGGGACAAAUAUUGUCAAAACCUAUAUUACAACACCAAUUGAUCCAAAAAUGUCAUUGGCAAUAAAAUUACCAUUCUUUAUAUUAUUAGUAAAGAAUAUGAGUAAAUUUUUUGCUUUCGAAAUAACUAUACUUGAUGACAAAAAUAUUUUACGUCGAUUCUCAACAUCAAAUUAUCAGAGUAUAACAUGUGUGCAAACAUUUUAUACACGUAUGCCAUUAGGAUUAUCACCGGAUUGGAAUCAAAUUCAAUUUAAUUUAGCUGAUUUUACAAGAAAAGCCUAUGGAACAAAUUAUUUGGAAACUGUACGUGUUUCAAUACAUGCCAAUUGUAGAAUAAGACGUAUUUUUUUUACGGAUCGAUUGUAUACGGAAGAAGAAACACCAAAUGAAUUUAAAUUAAUAUUAGAUAUUUUUGUAAUUUUCAUCUUU